UUUUAGCUCAAAUGAUUAGCCAAACCACUAAGUACCCGCGUUUAAUCCAAGUAAAAUGCAUUCAUUAAGAGGAGCGCUUUAAUUUGUCGCAGACACUCGAAGAAAUCAAACGAAGCAAGUUGAACACAGUUGGAAACUAUCAAGUUCGAGUUGUUUAACUUUUUAGUUGGUGGCAUUUAAACCAGGAGUGAGCAGUGUACAACUGAUCGUCGAAUGAGUGCCGCGCAGGAGGAAAACGAAGAGCAAUGUCUUCUGGAGGAACAGACAAAACCUGAAUACGAUGAAAGUAUUUUUCAAGAAGUACCCGUCUAUACCAAUUGUCCUUUUUGUGAGGAGAAAAUUGUGAGUAGAAUUCGGUUAAAAUAUGGACGCUGGACAUACUGGGCGACUGCUUGUCUUUGUUUAUUUCAGUAAGUAUAUUCACAUCUUUACCGUAGAGUGGUCUAGUGUAGGCAAUAUUCUACAAUAAGCUGCCAUGGUUUGUAUCUGACAACCAAACUGAACGGUUCUUGCACGAGACGUAAAACUAGGUGAUGAAGGACUUUUGCUCGAGACGUCAAAUCUUUGAGGUAGGUCAGAUACAAACCACGACAAAGCGUCUUAACUUAGCGGCGAGCGCUUUCGCUGCAGGGAAUUUAGAGAACGAUGUUUCGCUAAAACCUUCCCAGGUCUGAGCAAUGUCAGUCUGACAUGAUAUAACGCUCUCUUAUAUCUAUGAUUUUACCAUCUACACUUGUUUGUGCAAAGAACUGAUAGAAGAGGACAAUAAUGACAUAAAAAAUGAAAACUCCUACGCAUCUUAUGAACAAGUAAACACUUAUGCACUAAAUUGUAGCCGAACAAUAUGAGAUAUACGUAAACACGCUUCUUUUAGUCAGCUUUACUUCAGUUGUUCAAUGAAUGUACUAGAUUGGAAGUUCCUGAGCUUUUCCAUGUAUUAGAAAAAAGCUGAUCAGAUCUUAUGAUAUUGCCCCUCGGAAUUCCCUAGAAACCAACUCAUUCAUGCAUCAGUAGGAACAUAGAUAGCUGAAGUACUUUAUUUUUAUCAAACUAAUGGAAAAUCUCGCCGUUCAUAGAAAAAGGCAGAUAUAGCGAGAUAAGAAAAUGUUUCAAUUCAUGACCCAGAGUGAUUCCCUCAAUAGCCUCACAGCGUUAACACAGAUUGCUAAAUCAACGUUGAACAUAUUACUAAGCGUUCAUAUUGUCUUUGCUAAUUUGUAUGCAACAAUUCAGCGUGGGCAGAAAUGCGCACCUACAUAUAUGGCCUCGCUUGAAUUUUUCAUAAAAUACGUGUGGCAGUUUUGGCUCAUAACUCCAGCCAAUACACAGCGAAUUUUUUUAGAAUUAAUUGCGUUUGUUAAAAUUCUCAAAAAGUUUUCAACAUAUUUCGUUGAUGAAAUAUUCACAUUUAGCGGUUUGUAAAUUAACAACCACCGAAUUGGUCACGGCCCACCCAAUACUAAAACAAACAAGCAAACUAUAAUCCACUGAACUCAAAAUGACCUGGAACGCCACAAUCGUUCAAGAACUCAAUGUUUUUUGUUUUGUUUUCUAGAUGCUAUUGUUGUCUUUGGGCUCCAUUUUUAGUGGAUGACUUGAAAAACAUUGUCCACGAAUGUCCGAAAUGCGAAAAAGAGCUGGCAGAAUAUAAACAAUUUAGAUUAUUUCAGCGCAGGAGGCCGAAGCGAUCAAGAAAACAAUCACUGUUAUUUUAGAGUAUCUUAUUUCAACGCUGGCUUUCAAUAAACGUUACAGUACAGCAAACGAUGCUCACCUUCGGAAAUCAUGUAGACUUGCAUGUGGUAUAAUACACGAGUCCUGGUUUUGCAGCUUGUGUAGCAGCCAGUGGUAGCAGCCCAUUUUUUUGG